CAUCAGACAUCUCACACAGGGGAGAAACUUUAUUCCUGUUUUGAGUGCGGGAAAUGUUUUCAACAUAAGUCAGAACUUAUCUUACAUUACAGAUCUCACACGGGUGAGAAGCCGUAUUCUUGCCCUGAGUGCGGGAAAUGUUUUUCAUGGAAAUCAGAACUUGUUAUACAUGAAACCUCUCACACAGGGAAGAUCCCGUAUUCCUGUCCUGAGUGCGGGAAAUGUUUUGCACAGAAGUCCAAUCUUUCCAGGCAUCAGAGAUCGCACACAGGGGAGAGGCCGUAUUCCUGUUCUGACUGCGGGAAAUGUUUUCUUCAUAAAUCAGAACUGGUCAGACACCAGAGAUCUCAUACGGGGGAGAAGCCAUUUUCCUGUCCUGAGUGCGGAAAAUGUUUUGCAGAGAAAAUAGAACUUGUUAGACAUCAAAGAUCUCACAAGCGGGAGGAGAAAUUUUCCUGCCCUCAGUGCGGGAAAUGUUUUUCAGAUAAGUACUGUCUUUGCAGACAUCAGAAAUUGCACACGGGCGAGAAGCCGCAUUCUUGCCCAGAGUGUGGAAAAUGUUAUACACGGAAAUCAGACCUUGUUAUACAUCAAAGAUUUCACACGGGCGAGAAGCCGUAUGUGUGCCCUGUGUGCGGGAAACGUUUUUCACAGAAGUCCCAUCUUAACACACAUCAUAGGUCCCACACAGGUGAGAAGCCGUAUUCCUGCACCGAGUGUGGAAAAUUUUUUUCACAAAAAUCCAAUCUAACUGAACAUCAAAUAUCUCACACGGGGGAGAAGCCGUAUUCCUGUCUUGAGUGCGGGAAAUGUUUUACAGAAAAGACCACUCUUUCCAGACAUCAGAGAUUGCACACGGGCGAGCUGUAUUCCUGCUCUGAGUGCGGAAAAAGUUUUACACAGAAAAGCCUCCUCGUUCGCCAUCAGAGAUCUCACACGGGGGAGAAGCCAUAUGUCUGCUCCGAGUGUGGGCAAAUAACUCUCACGGGGGAGAAGCCGUAUUCCUGCCCUGAGUGCGGGAAAUGUUUCACACAAAAGUCCAGUCUUAAUGAACAUCAGAUACGCCACGCAGGGACAAAGCUGUUUUCCUGCACCGAAUGUGAGAAAUGUUACGUUCGGAAAUCAGAAUUGGUCGACCAUCAGAGGUCUCACACGGGGGAGAAGCCGUACUCCUGCUCCGAAUGCGGGAAAUGUUUUUCACGGGAUACUUAUCUUAACAAACAUCGGAAAACCCACACAACUGAGAAACUUCAUUCAUGUUCUGAGUGCGGGGAAAGUUUCUUUCAUUUGGGAGAGUUCUUCAAACAUCAGAGAUCUCACACAGGGAGGAAAUCGUAUUCCUGUCCUGAGUGCGGGAAAUGUUUUUCAGAAAAAAGCAGUCUGUCCAGACAUCAGAGAUUGCACACAGGUGAGAAUCUGUAUUCCUGCUCUGAGUGCGGAAAAUGUUUCACACAGAAACACAUCCUUGCUCACCAUCAAAGAACUCACACGGGGGAGAAGCCGUAUUCCUGCUCCAAGUGUGGGAAAUGUUUUACACAGAAACACAUCCUUGUUCGUCAUCAAAGAAUUCACACAGAGGAGAAGCCUUAUUCCUGCCCCGCGUGUACAAAACGUUACACAUGGAAAGAAGAACUUGUUAAACAUCAAAGAUCUCACACGGGGGAGAAGCCGUAUUCUUGUACUGAGUGCGGGAAAUGUUUUACAGAAAAGAUAACUCUUUCCAGACAUCAGAGAUUGCAUACGGGUGAGAAGCUGUAUUCCUGCUCCGAGUGUGGGAAAUGUUUUACACAGAAGCACACCCUUGUUCGUCAUCAAAGAACUCAUACAGGGGAGAAGCCGUAUUCCUGCUCCGAGUGCGGGAAAUGUUUCACACAGAAGCCCACUCUCGUUCGUCAUCAAAGAACUCACACGGGGGAGAAGCCUUAUUCCUGCCCCAAGUGCACAAAAUGUUACAAAUGGAAAGCAGAACUUGUUAAACAUCUAAGAUGUCACACGGGAGAGAAGCCGUAUUCCUGUCCCGAGUGCGGGAAAUUUUUUUCACGAAAGUCCAGUCUUACUGAACAUCUGAUACGCCACACAGGGAUAAAGCUGUUUUCCUGCACCGAAUGCGAGAAAUGUUACGUACGGAAACAAGAACUUGUCAGACAUCAAAGAUCUCACACAGGGGAAAAGCCAUAUUUGUGCGCCAAGUGCGGGAAAUGUUUUCCAGGGAAAUCAGAACUUGUUAGACAUCAAAAAUCUCAUAGCGGGGAGAAGCCGCAUUCCUGCCCUGAGUGCGGGAAAUGUUUUUCACAAGAGUCAAGUCUUACUGAGCAUCAGAAGUCCCACACGGGUGAGAAAAUUUUUUUCUGUUCUGAGUGUGGGGAAUGUUUUAUUCAGAUAGGAGAAUUCCUCAAACAUCACAGAUCUCACACAUGGAAGAAGCCGUAUUCCUGUUCUGAGUGCGGGAAAAGUUUUGCAGCUAAGAGCAGCCUUAACAGACAUCAGAAAAUUCACAUGGCUAAGAACCUGUAUAUCUGCUCCAAGUGCGGAAAAUGUUUUACGCAGAAAUACCUCCUUGUUGAUCAUCGAAAAACUCACAAGGUAGAGAAGCCGCAUUCCUGCCCUGAGUGCGGGAAAUGUUUUUCACAAGAGUCAAGUCUUACUGAGCAUCAGAGAUCUCACACAGGGGAGAAGCCGUAUUCCUGUCUUGAGUGCGGGAAAUGUUUUUCAGAAAAGGCCACUCUUUCCAUACAUCAGAGAUUGCAUACAGGAGAGAAGCUGUACUCUUGCUCUGAAUGCGGGAAACGUUUUACUCGGAAACACAUCCUGGUUAGUCAUCAAAGAUCUCACACUGGGGAGAAGCCGUAUUCCUGUUCCGAGUGUACAAAGCGUUUUACGCGGAAAUCCGAUCUUGUCGAACAUCAGAGAUCACACACGGGGGAAAAAAAACCGUUUUCCUGUUCUGAGUGCGGGAAAUGUUUUUCACGAAAAUCCAGUCUUACUGAUCAUCAGACGUGGCACACGGGGGAAAAGCUGUUUGUCUGCAGUGAGUGCGGGAAAUGUUGGCCGCGGAAAUCAGCGCUUGUUAAACAUCAGAGAUCUCACACGGGGGAGAAGCCGUAUUCCUGUCUAGAGUGCGGGAAAUGUUAUACAAAGAGAAGAGAAUUCCGCAAACAUUACAGAUCUCACACGGGGAAGAAGCCGUAUUUCUGUUUUGAGUGCGGAAAAUAUUUUUCAGAAAAGACGACUCUCUCCAGACAUCAGAAACUGCACACAGGCGAGAGGCCACAUUCCUGCCCUGAGUGUGGAAAAUGUUUUAUACAGAAAUCAGAUCUUGUUAUUCAUCAAAGAUCACACACGGGUGAGAAGCCAUAUAAAUGCCCAGAGUGCACAAAAUGUUAUACACGGAAAUCGGAUCUUGUGAAUCACCACAGAUUACACACGGGUGAGAAGCCGUAUUCCUGCUCUGAGUGCGGGAAAUGUUUCUCACAAAAGUACAAUCUCACUGAACAUCAGAUAAGCCACACAGGAAAAAGGCUGUUUUCCUGCGCUGAGUGCGGGAAAUGUUAUCUACGGAAAACAGAAUACGUCACACAUCAAAGAUCUCACACUGGUGAGAAGCCGUACUCCUGUCCUGAGUGCGGGAAAUGUUUUUCAGAACAGACCACUCUUUCCAGACAUCAGAGAUUGCACACAGACGAGAGGCUGUAUGCCUGCCCUGAGUGUGGAAAAUGUUUUACACGAAAACGCAUCCUUGAUAAUCAUCAGAGAUCUCACACACGGGAGAAGUCGUAUUCCUGUUCCAAGUGCACAAAAUGUUAUAAGCGGAAAUCCGACCUUGAUAGCCAUCAAAGCUCUCACACGGGGAAUAAGCUGUAUUCUUGCUCUGAGUGUGAGAAAUGUUAUACAUGGAAAUCAGAUCUUGUUAAACAUAAAAAAACACACACAGGGGAGGAGAAGCCUUAUUCCUGCCUUGAGUGCGGGAAAUGUUAUCCACGGAAAUCAGACCUUGUUAAACAUCAGAGAUCUCACACGGGAGAGAAGCCGUAUUCCUGCUCCGAGUGCGGGAAAUGUUUCGCUCGAAAGUCCAACCUUACUGAACAUCAGAUAAGCCACACGGGCACAAAGCUGUUUUCUUGCUCUGAGUGUGGGAAAUGUUAUCUAUGGAAAUCAGAAUUUGUCAAACAUCAAAGAGCUCACAUUCGGGAGAAGUAG